AUGGGUGACUCGAAUGGCCCUCCACGCAGGCUUCCACCACCCCCACCUCCUCCACGAAGAUCGCAAAGAUCCCAACCACAAUCGCAACCGCAAGCUCAACCUCAACCUCAACCACAAAGAGCCUUCAAUGCGAAAGAUCUAACCCACCAAUUCGAACAACUUCUGAGGACACAGCGGUUGAAUACUCUCACUGCACAAUCGCGAUCACGGGCUGGCUCACCAGGACCUGGAAGACAAGCCUCUACAUCAUCACGACCGCCCUCACAGCAUGCGCCCCGACGUCCCUCAGAUAGCCCGCAUAUUCCACCAUCGUAUCCAUCAUUACGAAAUCUCCCCAAGAUGGCCUCGCCACCCCAGGACCCAGCUUCACUGAAGUUCCGCAACCUACUCAUCACACUUUCAGUCAACCCUACUAAGUACGAAAACCCAGGCCUGCUGGACGAGGCAUUGGCGGUCAUACCCUUAGAUCGAAUCUAUAGCGAAGCAGAAGACGAGAGUCAAUUGCUGCAAGCUGAAGCAGCCAGCACUGGUCCUAACGCAAAGCCGCAAUGGGGGUACCAAGACUGCGUUAUCCGAGCUCUUUUAAAAUGGUUCAAGCGCAGCUUCUUCCAAUUCGUCAACAACCCUCCAUGUACCGUCUGCGGAUCACCUACACUUGCGAAUGGGUUCGCCCCUCCCACGCCUGACGAAGCUGCCCGGGGCGCCGCCAAGGUGGAGUCAUAUCGCUGUUCGAGUACCGACUGCAAUGCGCUGGAAAGGUUUCCUCGAUAUGGUGAUGUGUGGGCGCUGCUGCAAUCAAGAAGAGGGCGGUGCGGGGAAUGGGCCAACUGCUUCAGCAUGCUCUGCCGUGCUGUCGGAGGUCGAGUGAGGUGGGUGUGGAAUGCUGAAGACCAUGUAUGGACAGAGGUGUACUCGGAGCAGCAGAGGCGAUGGAUCCAUGUCGAUGCUUGCGAGGAAGCUUGGGAUAACCCUCGGCUGUACUCAGAAGGCUGGGGCAAGAAGAUGUCUUACUGCAUUGCCUUCUCCAUCGACGGGGCUACAGACGUGACUCGUCGCUACGUGCGCAACGCCGCAAGUCACGGAGUAGAGCGCAAUAGAUGUCCCGAGGAAGUCCUCAUGUUCAUCACCAACGAAAUCAAACGGAUGCGACGGGAGACCAUGCUUAAAGACGAGCGGAAGCGACUCCUCAUUGAAGACGAAAGAGAAGAGAGGGAGCUGCGGGGAUUUGUCGUACAAGCACUUGCCGCGGAAAUCGGCAAGAUGUUACCAACGGGUCGAAAUGGAGGCGGCGAAGAGAUCAAGGUUCCCGAGCAGGCAGCAAGGAGGAGUGGAGCUCAGGCCUGGAGAGAGGCGAGAGGAGAGAAUGGCGGGGACGAUACUGGACGAGAUCGACCACCAAGAGAAGAUCACUGA